AUGAAUAAAAAAUAUGUUGAAUUCUAUUUAGUUUCUGCCUCCAAAAUAAUAUUUCCAAUCGUUGAUGAUUUUCCACAGAGCUGUAAAAUUGAUAAUAAUACCUGGGGUCUUUGCGUGAACAUUAAAAGUUGUGCUACAGCUUUGACUGUACCAAACAGUGAAGUGAAAACAUGCUACUUUUUGCGGUCAGAGCAUUUUGUUUGCUGCAAAGAUUUUGGAGGGGAUGAAUUGAAAAGACUUAAGAAGAAUAGAGCUUUAAUACAGUGCGAAGACUUUUAUCCGAACUACGCGUAUGUUGUUUAUGGUUCAAUGACUAAACCCAAGGAGUUUCUAUACAUGGCAGCACUUGGCUGGAAAUCAAAUGAAGGUAACAGUACAGAUUAUAGAUGCGGAGGAGUCUUAAUCUCACCUCAAUUCGUCCUAACUGCGGCACAUUGUACAGAAUUUAAUGGUCAUCCACCUUCAGUGGUUGUGCUUGGUGGUGCAGAUUUAACUGACAAUAAAUUUACAAAUUUUGAUAUCACUAAAGUAAUACCGCAUCCAUUGUAUGAUCCGGAAUUUUCUUAUAACGAUGUAGCAUUGCUAAGAAUAGUAGAAAGUAAAUAUUUUCGUUUCCCAAUAGCUUGUCUUUGGAUCACUUUUAACAUUGAUGUGGAAACUGUGACUGUGAUCGGCUAUGGAAAUACACGCUUUGUUGGAACUCAAUCUCCACAUCUGUUAAAGGCAGACUUAGCUAUUAUGCCAAAUAAGGAUUGCCAAAGUUUUUAUAUAGAUGAAGACAAUUUACCAAAAGGUAUUCUUGAUCAACAAAUUUGUGCGAAAGACCCUGAAAAUAAACGAGAUGCUUGUCAGGGCGAUUCUGGUGGUCCGCUUAUAGCAAAAGUACGAAUGAUGUCGGAUAUACGACCUUAUGUUAUAGGUAUAACUUCCGUUGGGCAUGGAUGUGGUGGUGAAUCGCCUGGUGUUUAUAUGCGCGUGUCAGAGUUCUUGGAUUGGAUCCUAGCAAUUGUCUGGUAG